AUGCGCGCCAAGAAGAAGGACCUCACCAAGAACGACCGGGAGGCAAUUCUCCAGCAGCUCAUGGCCCAUUUGGUGGACAACAAGAAGUUGAUCCGUGGUGCACUAAAUAAGAUUGCAUUGGACUUUGGUGUACAUCGUGGAACUGUGCAGCGAGUGUGGAAACGUGCCAACGUCGACCUCGACAACAAACUUCGACCAUGUUCCGACGUGUCGUCCAGAAAAAAGGGCCACUCAGGUCGGAACCUCAAGCACGAGAACGUGGCGAAUCGCCUGAAGGCUGUUCCUAAGGCCAGCCGCACCAUGUUUCGGUCUAUUGCUGCUGCACUCGGGAUGCCGCGUAGAACCCUGCAUGCAUACUACCGCCGCGGCAUCUUCGUCAAGUACAACAGCUCCGUGCGUCCAUCUCUGACGGAUGCCAACAAAGUCGUGCGGACGAGUUGGGCCAUGGACCACAUCCAUGCACUGUCCCCGUCAGUGUACUUGUUUGACGACAUGAUGCAAUGCGUCCACGUGGACGAAAAGUGGUUCUACGCCACCAGGGUCAAGCGAUCCUACUACCUUGCACCUGGCGAAGAGCCACCCCAUCGCACCUGCAAGUCCAAGAGAUUCAUUACCAAGGACAACGCCCGCCCACAUGUGCCACCCUGCGACACUGAUAUCGUGGCGGCGUGUCAAAGUGGUGGCUGGGACAUGCAGCUCAAGUUCCAGCCACCAAACUCUCCAGACCUCAAUGUUCUGGAUCUGGGGUUCUUCCGUGCGAUCCAGACCCUCCAAGAGAAGAACACCUCCCGCUGCAUUGAUGAAAUUGUUGCCGCCACGGAGCAAGCGUGGAGUGAAGUCUGCAUGCAGACCCUCAACAACAACUUCCUGACCCUCCAAGCCUGCAUGCGUGAAACGAUAUGCGCUCAAGGAAACAACAACUACAAGAUUCCUCAUUGCGGUAAGGCGAAACUAUUGGCUCGUGGGCUUUUGCCCCAGGUCCUGGCAGUAGACAAUGAGGUUGUGGAGUGUGGUUUCCAGCAGCUUGACGAGUCUGACGUCAAUGCAAAGUUUGACCAACUGGCCGUGGAAGUGACCGAAGCUAUGGAGAUGUCUGAAUUCAGCUCUCAGUUGGAAAAGCUGAUUGUCAACGACGAGCUCAAGGAGGACGCGGGUGUUGAAUUGGACGAGCUGUUGGAUUUGUGUAGCCUGCUUUGA